CGACGCGACGCCCCGCGCCCGCCCCCCGCGGCCCGGCAGGUCUCAGCUUGCGCCGAGUCUUCUGGUCGGAGCCGUGAACGCUCAUCCGUCUCCUGCCAGUGGGCCCCAGAGCCAUGGCAACCGAGGAGAAGAAGCCCGAGACCGAGGCCGCCAGAGCCCAGCCCACCCCUUCUUCGUCAGCCACGCAGAGCAAGCCGACCCCUGUCAAACCAAACUACGCUCUGAAGUUCACUCUGGCCGGCCACACGAAGGCGGUGUCCUCUGUGAAGUUCAGCCCGAACGGGGAGUGGCUGGCGAGUUCAUCUGCUGAUAAACUCAUUAAAAUUUGGGGAGCAUAUGACGGGAAGUUUGAGAAAACCAUAUCUGGUCACAAGCUGGGGAUCUCAGAUGUGGCCUGGUCGUCAGACUCCAACCUCCUGGUUUCCGCCUCGGAUGACAAGACCCUAAAGAUCUGGGACGUGAGCUCGGGCAAGUGUCUGAAGACGCUGAAGGGGCACAGCAACUAUGUCUUCUGCUGCAACUUCAACCCGCAGUCCAACCUCAUCGUGUCGGGCUCCUUUGAUGAAAGCGUGAGGAUCUGGGAUGUGAAGACAGGGAAGUGCCUCAAGACCCUGCCCGCGCACUCGGACCCUGUCUCUGCCGUUCACUUCAACCGUGACGGGUCCUUGAUCGUUUCAAGCAGCUAUGACGGCCUCUGCCGGAUCUGGGACACGGCCUCGGGCCAGUGCUUGAAGACGCUCAUCGAUGAUGACAACCCCCCCGUGUCCUUCGUGAAGUUCUCUCCCAACGGCAAGUACAUCCUGGCUGCUACCUUGGACAACACGCUGAAGCUCUGGGACUACAGCAAAGGGAAGUGUCUAAAGACGUACACCGGCCACAAGAACGAGAAGUACUGCAUCUUCGCCAACUUCUCCGUCACGGGUGGGAAGUGGAUCGUGUCUGGUUCCGAAGACAACCUGGUCUACAUUUGGAACCUGCAGACAAAGGAGAUUGUACAGAAGCUACAAGGUCAUACAGAUGUGGUCAUCUCCACGGCCUGCCACCCCACGGAGAACAUCGUCGCCUCCGCGGCGCUCGAGAACGACAAGACCAUCAAGCUCUGGAAGAGCGACUGCUAGGGCGGCCGCGGGGCCGCUGCCGGGUGCCCACAGGCCCGGUCCAGGCCACAGGGCGGAGCCGCCUGGACUCGCGCCGCCUUCGGGCCGCGUGGCCGAGGGGACGUGUCUGCCACCGGGACGCCGUGGAGUCGCUGGUGACGCGUCGCCGCUGCCUCCAGCGCUGUCUGCGGAGAGUCCUCGUCUGUUUGUGUUCAGAGUCAAAGUUUUUAAUUUUUUAUUACAAAGGGUGGAGCUCAAUUUGCCACGAGUUGUGUUUUUUUCCAGUAAACGUUCUGUACCUUUGCUACGUCACCGCCCCGGGCCUCCGGCCCAGCCUGCCCGCGGCCGCGCCCGUGUGCUCGCAAGUCUCUGUGGAGGA